ACCUCCUUCAGUCAGUGUUCACCGAGUGAGUGUUUAAACCGAAAUCAACUAAUCUGAGGUCUCGGGUUUCUUGCAUCUGAAAAAGUAGCAUAAAACAAAGAAGCGGAAUAUUGCUCGUACCCUAAAUUAACGUAAUGUUUGAAGAGGAGAUGCAAGAAGAGUCGCGCUCCCCACUGUCUCCAGUGGACAGUCUCAGCAACAGUGAAGAGGAACUCGACAGGCAGCAGAAGAGAUGUGGGAGGAAAAGGAGAACUAGCAGGAAAAAUGGGGAGGAUUCAGAUAGCCCUACCCCUGGGAAAAGGGGGAAAAAGUCCAGCAGUAGCAGUCCGCAGUCUUUCGAAGAACUUCAGACGCAAAGAGUCAUGGCGAACGUACGCGAGCGGCAGAGGACGCAGUCUCUCAACGAAGCCUUUGCAUCUUUGCGGAAAAUUAUUCCCACUUUGCCUUCAGAUAAACUCAGCAAAAUCCAGACACUAAAACUCGCAGCUAGAUACAUUGAUUUUCUCUACCAAGUGCUACAGAGCGAUGAGCUGGACUCGAAAAUGGCAAGUUGUAGUUAUGUGGCGCACGAGAGACUAAGCUAUGCUUUUUCCGUAUGGAGGAUGGAGGGCGCGUGGUCCAUGUCAACAUCUCACUAGCGUCCGUGGAGCUUGCCGCAGCACGGUAACCAACAAUUUCGCGUACCUCUCUAUGGACGUGAUCCCGGAUGAUGAAGCUGGACAUGUACAAAGCAAUGAUUUUUUUAGGGGAGAAAAAAAAACAAAGACUAUUUAAACCAAAGAAGACUGGCGCGGGGAGCACUUACGGGGGAAAGGCAGAGGACGCUGAACAGCAGAGUGCCGCCGCGCAGCGAUGCCGCCUACAUUCUGACCUGUCUGAGCUUUCUGAAAUAUGACGAUGAAUGUUGGAAUCAUGUAUAUUUUUUAUGCAUGCCUUUUUGAUCAGCCGUGCCUGUUUUUGUAAGGAGACAGUAAAAAUGCAUCCAAGUUGCCGUUUCAUUUCCAAAUCGUUGAUGAGGACCCCGAAAUUGUUUUCUUAAAUCUUCGGCUCGUCCAUGUGCAGAUUUGUUUUUAAUUUUUUCCCCUUUUUUAUGAAAUAUAGUUUAUUUAUUUAUUAAUGACUCGUGUUAUGAUGCAGGAUAGAUCAGGUGUGUAAAUGCAUUCCUAUUUUUAUUAUUGUUUUGUAAAUAAUUGUAUAUUUUUCUGCAAUAAAAUCAAUAUGAA